CCGCGCGCCCGGUUGUCCGCUGUUGGGAGCCUAGCCCCCGGCCUGGGGCCGGGCGACCCUGGGGCGCCUGUGCUCAGGUCUAAGUGCUAAGGGCUGGGAUUGGGGAGGCAUCCCAGCCCACCAGGGAUAUCAGCUGUAGAUCUGGCUCGACCCCUCCACCAUCCACAGACACCCCUGAGCACAGGCCCUUCCUGGGGAGAUCCAUGGGCCCUGGGUCUACAUUGACCAGCUGUCCAACCAGGGCACCCAGGACUGACGUGGAGCAGAAACUGUCCAUGGAGCUGGUUAACAAGGUGGACAGGGGGCUGCCGUGAUGGCACAGUUUGACACUGAAUACCAGCGCCUAGAGGCCUCUUAUAGCGAUUCACCCCCAGGGGAAGAGGACCUGUUGGUGCAUGUGGCUGAGGGGAGCAAAUCACCUUGGCACCACAUUGAAAACCUUGACCUCUUCUUCUCUCGAGUUUAUAAUCUACAUCAGAAGAAUGGGUUCACAUGUAUGCUCAUUGGAGAGAUUUUUGAACUCAUGCAGUUCCUCUUUGUGGUUGCCUUCACCACCUUCCUGGUUAGCUGUGUGGACUAUGACAUCCUAUUUGCCAACAAGAUGGUGAACCACAGUCUGCAUCCUACCGAGCCUGUCAAGGUCACUCUGCCAGAUGCCUUUUUGCCUGCCCAAGUUUGCAGUGCCAGGAUUCAGGAAAACGGCUCCCUCAUCACCAUCCUGGUCAUCGCUGGUGUCUUCUGGAUCCACCGGCUUAUCAAGUUUAUCUAUAACAUUUGCUGCUAUUGGGAGAUCCACUCCUUCUACCUACAUGCUCUGCGGAUCCCAAUGUCUGCCCUUCCGUAUUGCACGUGGCAGGAAGUGCAGGCCCGGAUUGUGCAGACCCAGAAAGAGCAUCAGAUCUGCAUCCACAAGCGUGAGCUGACAGAGUUGGACAUCUACCAUCGCAUCCUCCGUUUCCAGAACUACAUGGUGGCACUGGUGAACAAAUCCCUCUUGCCUCUGCGCUUCCGUCUGCCCGGCCUCGGAGAGGUUGUCUUCUUCACCCGUGGCCUCAAGUACAACUUUGAGCUCAUCCUCUUCUGGGGACCCGGCUCUCUGUUUCUCAAUGAAUGGAGCCUCAAGGCCGAGUACAAACGUGGAGGGCAACGGCUAGAGCUGGCCCAGCGUCUCAGCAACCGCAUCCUGUGGAUUGGCAUCGCCAACUUCCUGCUCUGUCCCCUCAUCCUCAUCUGGCAGAUCCUCUAUGCCUUCUUCAGCUAUGCCGAGGUGCUGAAGAGAGAGCCGGGAGCCCUGGGAGCGCGUUGCUGGUCACUCUAUGGCCGUUGCUACCUCCGCCACUUCAAUGAGCUAGAACACGAGCUGCAGUCCCGCCUCAACCGAGGAUACAAGCCCGCCUCCAAGUACAUGAAUUGCUUCUUGUCACCGCUACUGACUCUGCUGGCCAAGAAUGGUGCCUUCUUCGCGGGCUCUAUCCUGGCCGUGCUUAUUGCUCUCACGAUCUACGAUGAAGAUGUGUUGGCUGUGGAGCAUGUCCUCACCACUGUCACCCUACUGGGAGUCACGGUGACUGUGUGCAGGUCUUUCAUCCCAGACCAGCACAUGGUGUUCUGCCCUGAGCAGCUGCUCCGAGUGAUCCUUGCCCACAUCCACUACAUGCCUGACCACUGGCAGGGUAAUGCCCACCGCUCGCAGACCCGGGACGAGUUUGCCCAGCUCUUCCAGUACAAGGCAGUGUUCAUCUUGGAGGAGUUGCUGAGUCCCAUUGUUACACCCCUCAUUCUCAUCUUCUGCCUACGCCCACGGGCCCUGGAGAUCAUAGACUUCUUCCGAAACUUUACUGUGGAGGUCGUCGGUGUGGGGGACACCUGCUCCUUUGCGCAGAUGGACGUUCGCCAGCACGGUCAUCCUCAGUGGCUGUCUGGAGGGCAGACUGAGGCCUCAGUGUACCAGCAAGCCGAGGAUGGGAAGACCGAGUUGUCACUCAUGCACUUUGCCAUCACCAAUCCUGGCUGGCAGCCCCCUCGUGAGAGCACAGCCUUCCUGGGCUUCCUCAAGGAGCAGGUGCAGCGAGAUGGAGCGGCUGCUGGCCUUGCCCAGGGUGGUCUGCUCCCAGAGAAUGCCCUUUUCACAUCCAUCCAGUCCUUACAGUCUGAGUCUGAGCCACUGAGCCUCAUUGCAAAUGUGGUAGCAGGCUCGUCCUGCCGAGGACCCCCACUGUCCAGAGACCUGCAGGGUUCCAGGCACAGGGCUGAUGUUGCUUCUGCCCUUAGAUCCUUCUCCCCUCUACAGCCUGGACAGGCCCCUCAAGGCCGUGUUCCCAGUACCAUGACAGGCUCUGGAGUGGACGCCAGGACAGCCAGCUCCGGGAGCAGCGUGUGGGAAGGACAGCUGCAAAGCCUGGUGCUGUCUGAAUAUGCGUCCACUGAGAUGAGCCUUCAUGCCCUCUAUAUGCACCAGCUCCACAAGCAGCAGACCCAGGCUGAGCCCGAGCGGCAUGUGUGGCACCGCCGGGAGAGUGAUGAGAGUGGAGAGAGUGCCCCUGAAGAGGGGGGAGAGGGUGCCCGGGCCCCCCAACCCAUCCCACGCUCUGCCAGCUAUCCCUGUGCUACUCCCCGGCCUGGAGCACCUGAGACCACCGCCCUGCAUGGGGGCUUCCAGAGGCGCUACGGGGGCAUCACAGAUCCUGGCACAGUGCCCCGUGCUCCCUCUCACUUCUCCAGGCUGCCCUUGGGAGGAUGGGCAGAAGAUGGGCAGCCAGCAUCAAGACACCCAGAGCCGGUGCCAGAGGAGGGCUCAGAGGAUGAACUGCCCCCUCAAGUGCACAAGGUAAAGGCUGUAAGGCCACGAACCACUGCCAGAAAUGGUGACUUCCAAGAACAGCCUCUGUGAGGGAGCGUGUCUCCCACUCCAGCCAUGGUGUUGUCUCUCUCUGGAUACACUUUCUGGGGACUGGAGACAUGGCUCAGUGGCUAAGAACAGUGGGGGCUCUUCCAGAGGACCCAGAUUCGAUUUCCAGCACCCACAUGCUGGCUCACCACCGUCUGUAACCCCAGUCCCAGCAGGUCAGAUGUCAUCCUGUGGUCUUCACAGGUACUGCACACACAUGAUCCAGCCCUAGAUGCAGACAAAACACUCAUACACUCUUCCUUUUACUGCUCUGAAGUUGGAGGCUUACUUUCCCAGCUUCCAGCUUUCUCUUUCCUUUGUUUCUAGACUCCUAUGGGGCAAGAAGCUAGCUGAAGACUGUCUGCACUACCGGUCUUUUCUUUCCUGCACAGGUAUAGACAAGGCAGAAGCUGGUUCCCCUGCUCCGGGAUGGAGGCAACAGCUGUCCUGCCAUCUCUUCUGCCUGCCAUGAGAGGGAUUCUCUGAGUGCCGUCUGGCCCCACGUGUGUGGUGUUUUGUGUGUUCCUGCCUGGCCAAGGGAGGUGCCAACGUUGGGCUUGCCAUAGCCCAAGAAUUUGAGGCCUAGGGACUAGGGGCAUACACGAGUCUAGCCUCGACCCCAGGACUCCCUUGGCUCAGAGUGGUGCUAGAAACUGGUCCCCAGCCCAGUCCCAGUACUGCCAUCUUUGCAUCCACCCCACAGAAGCUGCCAAGCAGAAGAACCUGUGCCAACUGUGGAGUGGGAAGGCAGGGCCUGAACCCUCAAUCCCUGCAACCUAGCCCCCCAUCUGGAAUAGCUGAGCAGCUCAGGCUGCAGCCCUUACCUCCAGUCCUCACCCAGUGCUGCAGCCAUCUGGCCACCCCGACCCCCGCACAUCACUGGCAUGUGUGCGCUGCCUGCUCCCCUCAGUUCACUUGCCCCCCUUCUGUUUGGCUUUUGCUUUUUGUUGGGGUGAGAGCCCUAGCUCCCAGCUCCCCUCACACUACCUUUUGACACUAAGACGGAAGGUUUCUAAGUUGCAGGAACAGGAUGAAAAUUCUUUACUACCCUCUUCAACUUUUAGGAUGGGCACUUGGGAGUGUGAGGCCUUCCUAGCUGCUUAUAAUAUACUCCUAUCACCCACACAGGGACUGACAGGGCAGGAAUGUGACCUCAGUUAUAUAUACAUAUAUAUCCCAGCAAGACAGCUCUGCCCUGUAUCCCUCACCAAAAGGAGGAUGGAGGGAUAAUGGACUCACCCUAGCCUAGGGCUUCGACAUUGCAUGCUGGGAUUCAGCUCCUACCCUUCCCCCACACUCCCCCAGUUCUGCUCGGCUGUGGAAGGUAAACUUAUGCCGAAGGUGGCGGACUCUGCUGUCGCAGCCCACAGCAGACAGGGUGGGAACCCUGUACAGCUUGAUAACCCUUAAUAAAGAAGGGAAUUUGAA